AUAGUAAUAACAACAUAAACACGGACAUAAAUAGUGGAUUCAUGUGUACUGUAUUGUACUACUAAAUUUAUAAAUUAGUAACCAUACUGCACGAUUAACGGUUUCAAGAUUAGAGAGAGAGAGAGACUGAAGAAAAAUAGGAGAGAGAGGAGACCCAUUUUCUAGAGAGAGAGUGUGAUUUCAGAGAAAACAAGAGGUGGGGUUCACGUUGUUGCUGUUAUUAUAGCUCUACAUCUCUUUCUUAAGCUCAUCUUCACCAGAUCGGAACACAAGGAGCUCUAUACUGUAUCGUGAUGGGAAGAGACGGUACGGGUAUCCGUAUUGAUAAAAAGCAAAAUGCUAAGGGCGUCAAGUUAAAUGGCGCCUCUCAUGAUACAGCCUCGCAAAUAACAACUGAAAGUAGUGAAACUAAAAAGAUUGUGGUAGAGGAUCGUACUGUUAAGGAUUUACUUGAUGAAGAAUGCCAGGAGAAGCAAGAUGUCUUGGGUGUUAAAAACAUUAACUGUGAGGUUGGUCCACCUGAGGAGAAAUCUGUAAUACCUGACACCCAGAAGUCCAGUGAAAAGACCUUACGCUCACCUGUUAAACCUGCCUCAGGCUCUGACAAUUUUAAAAUGAACUCCAAAGUUUCACAAUCAUUUAGGUAUAUGACUGGGACACAAGCCUCGGGUUCAACAUUAUAUCCUAAUCUCAGAUGUUCACCAAGAAUCAAAGAUUCACAUACCCCCAAAAAGCCUGAUGACUUGGAGGUGCCUUCUCGCUCAACUGCAAAGAAGCUGCAACCAGAUCAUAGAAAAUAUUACGAUGAUGAGGAUAAUUGGUCAAUGGCUUCCUCUGCUGCAGCUUCCGUUCGAACAGUCAGAUCUGUCACCGUUCCUGUAGCCCCGUCAUUUUCAUCUGCAGGGCGUAUUGCUAAACGCAAAGAGUUCUACAAGAUGUUGGAGGAAAAACACAAAGCUCUGGAAGCAGAAAAGAGAGAAUAUGAAGCACGGAUGAAGGAAGAGCAAGCAGCAGCAAUUAAGCAGCUCCGUAAGAGCAUGGCAUACAAAGCAAAACCAGUUCCUAGUUUUUAUCAUGAAGGACCUCCACCGAAGGUUGAGCCUAAAAAGUUGCCAGUGACGCGUCCAAAAUCACCAAACUUUACCCGGAGAAAGAGCUGCGGAGAUGCUGUAAAUUCACCAGCUGAGAAGGGAGCAAUUCCCCAGGGCAAUCGACGUAGCCUUGGCACUUACAGAGAAGUUAAUAACACUGCCAGCAACAUCAAAACUAAGAAUCAGAUCAAUGUGAGGAACACGCAUGGCAAUUUCAAGGUCAAGGAUCACACUAAACCUGUAACUGAAAAACAUAAAGCAUCUCCUCAGAAGAUCACUGAAGAGCAUGCUGCUGACAUUUCUGUUGAAUCAUGAACUUUCCGCUCUUCGAGGAAAGGCUGUCAAACUUUAGGAAUUGUUAUUGUUCUGUUUACAAUAUCCUAGCAUGUCAGUUUUUGAGUGUAUAUCUAAUGCAGACUACUAGUGACACCUAUUAUAUAAAAUAGUAAGAUGUACCCUUUGAAAGUCAAAUUUGUGCUAUUGUGCUUCAUUUGUUAAAUCUCAUAGCUUGUUUUUUUUA